AUGGGUAUCAACAUGAACUUGUGUGCUUGCGUUGUCUUAUUCGUGACUGUUUCCAUAACCACAGUAUAUUGUGACGUGAUACUUUGUGAGGGAUCGACCGGCUACAUCGAAUGUCCGUUCCCGUCUAGAAUAGUAAUCUACGCCGCCAGCUACGGACGUACACGUUUGGACGUCUGUCCGGACAGUAACAUCUACACGCUCAGGUGUAGAGCACGUGGGACACUUCGGAGGGUUCGUGCCACGUGUCAGGGUCGCAACUUGUGUCAGAUCCGGGCCAACAAUGAUGAGUAUGGGGAUCCAUGUGAGGGGACCAACAAGUAUUUAAAUGUAGAAGGGGCCGAUAUACACGCGGCUGUCCUGGCAGAGAGGAUGCAGAAACUGGAAAAGGAGAGGGAUACCCUGCGUGACAACGUACCAUACCUUCAAUCUCAAUCUAUGAGAAAUAAUUUGGUUUUCACCGGGUUAUCCGAGGGUCACACCGACUGGAAUGAGCAUGCAGACGCAACGGAGCCGAAGCUGCGUUAG